CCACCCCUUCACGGCCGCUUCCUAUUGGUCACCUUCAUGACGCUCACGUCUGACAGCGCGGCGCAACCCGGAAGUUCAAGUAGUUAGUUGCCUGGCCACGUGUUUGCCGGAGGACGGGAAGUGUGGAAAGCGAUCGGUCACCGAGCCAGAUCCCCGUGUAUACCGCCGCCAUGGCCGUCCGCGCCUCCUUUGAGAACAACAACGAGAUCGGUUGCUUUGCGAAACUGACGAACACUUACUGCCUGGUGGCCAUAGGAGGCUCGGAGAACUUCUACAGUGUAUUUGAAGGGGAGCUCUCGGAGACCAUACCGGUGGUGCAUGCCUCAAUAGCUGGAUGCAGAAUCAUUGGAAGAAUGUGUGUAGGAAACCGAAAUGGCCUUUUAGUUCCCAGCAGCACCACAGAUCAGGAGCUCCAGCACAUAAGAAACAGCUUGCCCAGCACUGUGCGCAUCCAGAGGGUGGAGGAGCGGCUGUCAGCGUUGGGAAACGUGAUCGCCUGUAAUGACUAUGUGGCCCUUGUACACCCUGAUCUUGACCGGGAGACAGAGGAGAUCCUAGCAGAUGUUCUGAAAGUCGAGGUCUUCAGACAGUCUGUAGCAGAUCAGGUUCUUGUUGGUAGUUACUGCGCCUUUAGUAAUCAGGGGGGUCUGGUGCACCCCAAAACAUCGAUAGAAAACCAGGAUGAAUUGUCGUCAUUACUCCAAGUCCCCUUAGUGGCCGGUACAGUAAACCGAGGCAGUGAAGUGAUCGCAGCAGGAAUGGUUGUGAAUGACUGGUGCGCCUUCUGCGGCCUGGACACAACCAGUACAGAACUGUCCGUCAUAGAAAGUGUAUUUAAGCUUAGUGAAGCUCAGCCAAGUACUAUCGCUACAAGCAUGAGAGACUCUCUUAUUGACAGCCUGACAUAAACCAUUCAGUAUCCUGAGGAUCAUCAGAUUGUACUCGGCCAUAAUAGAAGAGGAUCUCUGUCUCUGCUUUACCUACUAAAUGAAAUGCAUAAUAGCUGAACAGAUAUAUUUACGAACAGCGUACCUGUUAUAAAGAAAACAAACCUCGUGUAUAUGUAAUGCACUUAAUAUCUGACUGUAAUAAAAUACAUUUUUAUAGGA